AUGCCGAGAGCUCAGACCUCCCUUUCCACUGUGAAUUUCGCUGUUGAAUUGCGACUUGAGGUACGGGCUUCGCAUGUUGAGAAGCCUCGUCGCGUGCAGAGACACCGCGACGAUCUCCCGUCAGAGUACGAUCGAUUCCUGGGGAUCAGCAUCGACGAGAACCGAGUAGCGACAAGCUACGACUUUGGCGAGGAUCUGUCAGAGCUGGGAGAGGACAAAGAAGACGACCGGCCGGAGAGAUCUUACCGCGGGUCUGAUGCCGAGUACUAUUACGAGCUGAAAGAAUUUCGCGAAGAAAGGAAGCUGGAGAAGCUACGGGAGCGGAAGGAGAAGGAAUGA